GUAGCAUAUAGCCAGCUUAGAGGAUGGCUGUGGACCUCAACACCGGCAGCAGCGCCGAAGCAGGCCCAUCAAAGCUGCGGCAUGCUUCUUCUCGCCCGCCACCAUCUUCCACCGACCCUGCCAAGCUUCUGACUCCAGGGGCCGUCCGCCGUGCCCUCACACAGCUCAACGCCCACUCUCAACAAGUCGACGAUGACCUCUCCCGCACAGUCUCCUCAUCCCUUCAACGCAUCACCACCUCACAGCAGUCCAUCUCUUCUCUCGCACCUCAGAUCGACCUCCUCAGCGAAGAGGCGAACGUCCUUCGCUCCCGCCUCGUCGACGCCGCGAGAACAUCAGACAGGAUAACGGGGGCGGUCAGAGUGCUCGACGAUGAGAAGAAACGUCUCGCCAUCGCCCGAGCAUGGCUUACGGCGACACAAGACUUGAAGGCUAGUCUCUCCACGCUGUCCACUGCCAUCGAUCAGGGCGACUGGGAGCUAGCAACCCGCCAUGCGCAAAAGGCAAUGAGCGUCCCGCCAGAGGUCAUCAAUAGCGAGUUUGCGGCUCGCGUUGUUCCCUCCACCGAGCAGCCCUUGACACCCGCACAAACGCUCCUCGAGCUGAGAGAAAAGCUGCUGGCUGUUUUCACGCAACGCUUUCAUCAUGCCACGAUGGAGAGCAGGGAUGAGGCGGAGGCCAGUCGUUUCUUCCGACUCUUUCCCCUCGUGGGAUGGCGCAGUGAGGGAUUGGAUGCCUACUCCACUUUCGCCAGGGGCAUGAUCAGAGAAAAGGGGAAAGCAAUCCUCACUGCUGCUCAUCGCGGCAAUGUGCCACAUGCGCAGCUCCUUACGGCCCUCUUUGAGCAGCUAGCUCUGCUCAUCGAUACGCAUCAGGCAGUCGUGGACAGGCAUUAUGGAGAUGGCAAUUUUGCAGCUGGGGUCAUGCCUGGCUUGCAGGACGAGUGCGACGAGAUCGGCCUCAAGAUCGUUGAAGGCUGGGUAGAAACGACGCAAGUCAUGAGAAGACUGACAGAGGCGCGGGCGUACAAGUUCUCAUACCUGGCUAAUCUGGGCGCCGCCGGCGCUUCGACUGCAUCGAGCUCGAGCGGCGGUGGUGGUGCAAAUAAGUUUGGUAUUCCAGGCCGCCCUUCGACCCCGCUUGGCCGACCAGGCACACCCGCUGCAGGUGGGGCACGAGCAAGCAUGGACGAGCCACAGAUGCCAGAUGGGCGAGAGGUGGAUCGCUUGCUUCAUGAGCUGACAUCUUUGGCUGCGCGCUGGGCCACCUAUCGACGCUUCUUGAAGGGGCGCCUCACGAGCGAGCGGGUCGACGCAAAGCAGGACGCAAUUGCAGCUGAUGCUGGAGGCUUCAAGGAUUUCCAUCGCCGAUCCAGCAUUGAUGGAUCCGCCAUCGCGGCUGCUGUUGCUGGCGCAAGCAAACACGACUCGACUGCCGCGGCCACGAUCAAGGCGGACAUCGUCACGGCCUCAAAGCUACUGAGCACCUCUGCCCUAGCGCACCGUCUCGACUCCCUCCUCUCAGACGUCUACUGCCCACUCGAACGAUGGUACCUUCGCUCUAGUCUCGAGAAGGCCCACCGCAUCGACACAUGCGACCCGUCCACCCGACCCCUCACCUCCUCCGUCCUGGACGAUGCCUUCUUCCUACUGCGAGCCUCGGCGACACGGAUUCUUUCCACCUGUCACCCUGCUACAAUUGGCACGGCGCUGCGCGGCGUCCGCAUCGUCGCCGAUGAUGACUACGCACAGGUGCUCGUGAGGAGGAUGGAGGCCGUCUGGCGCUCCGUUGGAGGUGCAUUGGCAGGGCCUGAUGGGCCCAGGAAGGAGACGGCGACAAGGGAGAUGAGGGCGCAUUUUGUGCGCUAUCUCAAUGUGUUGGGCGUUUCGGUUCGGUACGCAGAGAGAAUCCUGGCCGACUUGGGAAGCGAAGCGCACUUGGAGUCGCUUUUCCCCGGAGGCGAUGACGACGAUGAUGAGGAAGAAGAGGAUGCGGCAAACGUGCCUUCCGAUCUCCCUCGCAACGACAAGGGCCUAGCUCGACACCACCUGACUACGCACCUCUCCGCCCUCCCCUCUCGCCUGCGCUCGGCGCAACGCACCGAGCUCGAGCACCUCUUCCAGCACGUCACUCGACCCCGCCUCCGCACUUUGCUCUUUGCUGACGUCUUCCGCGAGGUGCGCUACGAUGUACGCACAGAGGAGGAAUACGCCGCAGCAGAGGACAAGGACUGGGUAAGACGUCGUUUCGCUAGGGGUUGGGAUGCAAUAGUGGCUGCACCCUUCAGGGAGACGUUCGAUGAGGAUAACUAUGACGAGUACGUUGGACUGGCAGUGGAGGCGUUCGUGCGGCCGUGGGAAAAGGCCAUGGUUGGCGCAGGCAAUGCGUCAUCGUCCCUGCCGGCCUUCACCCGCUUUACUGAGCUAGGAGCCCUCCGCUUCGAUAAGGACUGGCGCGCCGUUGCUGCGCAUGUGGGCGAACAGACGAAAGGAGGUGGUGGUGCGGCUGCGGUCCGAGACAAGUUUGCACGCAUCGCUCAGAUUGCGUACGUCCUUUGCCUCGAUGAGGAUGAGGACGAUGAGGCUAUGGGCGCUACGGCUGCUGCAGCGGGAGACGAAAAGCAUGGCAGCGACGGCAUCUACGAGGCAGGGGCUACGAGUGGCUUCUCGUGGAGACUGAGCGCAAGUGAAGUCAAGGCAGUCAGGGCGCUACGAGUUACGUAGAGCGAGCUGGACCAAGGUCGAAUAAAAAAGCUUGAAUUUCACGGGAGAAAUCUGAAACAGUACGGCCGAAGCUGGAAUCGAGCGGACUCGGCUCCCCCUCGCAAGACCAUGAUUGAAAGAUAGUGUGUGGUAUUCCAGAGCGAGACAAUCUCCAUGCCUUCCUUUUGAUUCCCAGUCAACUAGGAGCGCCACUGAACAGCAGCCGCAGUCUUAGCAGGCGUUCCACU